AUGCUUCAUCUGCAAAGAGCAGAUCGUCCGGAAACGCUAGAGAAAGAACAGAAGGAAAGAGUAUCGAUAACGUAUAAUCCGUAUUUGGAGAAACUAUAUAAAGAGAUAGCUAAAAAAAGACAAGUUUUCAUCGUAUUUAGAAGAGGUCCUACAUUAUUUCGACUGCUUAGUAAUGCGAAAGAUACUCCGCAACAAGACAUGAUGGCUGGAGUAUACAGCAUCACAAUUAGGGAUCGCAGAUGCGAUGAAGAAUUGUUAUAUAUCGGCUCCACGAAGAGAUCUUUAGGAGUGAGGAUUAAGGAACAUAAAGCUGACAUCCUCCACAAGAGGCCAACAACCGCCUUAGCACAGUACGCCACGGACCCUGAGAUACAACCAUUAUUUGAUCAAGCCAAGAUAAUAUACACCACGCACCAAACACAAUAUUUGCGCUUGAUGGAAGCGAUUUUUAUACAUAAAGCAACUCAGGGUAACAAUUGUAUAAACAGCAAAGAUGAAAUAUCAUUAUCAGUAGCGUGGCAAACCCUGAUAUAUGACACAUAA